GUUGAAGUUGCCCACAAACCAUUGCUUGCUCAUUUUAUCCUCACACUCCCUGCGCGCUGACAGACAGCCCACUCCGGCUAGCCAGCUUAGGUCCUCGGUCCAUUCCAGCGCCACCCAUCAUCACUGAGCUCGGCAAUGGCGGGGGCGCAGCUGCGGCGCGUGGCGGCCGUGGCGCUCCUGGCCUGCAGCAUGGCGCUGGGCCCGCCGGCGGCGACGGCGAAGGGGAUGUCGGCGGGGAUCGCGCACAACAUCACGUCCUUCCUCAGCGGCCACCCGGAGUACAAGCAGUACAACAGGUACCUGACGGAGACGCGGGUGUGCGACGAGAUCAACGCGCGCGCGGGGGUCACGGUGCUGGUCCUCGGCGACGGCGCCAUGUCGGCGCUCGUGUCGGACGCCGGGGCCGACCUGGGCGCCAUCAAGAACGCGCUGCGCCUCCACUCGCUGCUCGACUACUGGGACGUCAAGAAGCUGAAGGCCCUGCCCACCGGCGCCGACACGCUCACCGACACCUUCUACCAGGCCUCGGGCGGCGCGGCCACCAGCGCCACGGGCAGCGUCAAGAUGGCCAAGCUGGAGGGCGGCGGCUUCGGCUUCGCGUCCGCCGCCAGCACCGGCGACGGCUACGACGCCACCUUCACCAAGGCGCUCAAGCAGACGCAGUACGACUUCGCGGUGCUGGAGGUGUCGGCGCCCAUCGAGUUCGACGGCCUCUUCGACGGGCCGUCCGCCGCCAACCUGACCAAGCUGCUGGAGAAGGCCGGCUGCAAGCGCUUCGCGUCCCUCAUCGCCAGCACCGGCGUGCUCAAGGACUACCAGGCGGCCAUGGCGGGGGAGGCCGGGCUCACCCUGUUCGCGGCCAAGGACGACGCGUUCAUGGCCAAGGGCGCGCCGGACGUGGACGCGAUGCCCCGCGCCGACCUCGUCGCGCUGCUGCGCUACCACGCGCUGCCGGGGUACAACCCGAGGCCGUCGCUGAAGCUGGUCAAGGCGUCGGCGCGCCCGUUCCGCACGCUGGCGUCCACCGCGGGCGGGCGGUUCAACGUGUCGGUCGUGGCCCGCGGCGACGACGUGUCGCUCGACACCGGCCUCCGCAAGUCCCGGGUGGCGGAGACGGUGCUGGACGACACGCCCGUGUGCGUGCUCACGGUGGACCGCCUCCUGAUGCCCGUCGAGCUCUUCGCCGGCGCGCCCGCGGAGGCCCCCUCGCCGACGCCCGCGCCGGCGCCGUCACCCGCCGCGGACGCGCCGCUCAGCUCCCCGCCCGGGCCGCCGCCGGCCGACGCGCCGUCGGAGGCCGCGGAUGAUCACGUCCACAAGGACGUCAAGAAGUCGCCCGCCACCGUCGCCGCGUUGUCGUCGGUCGGCGCGCUCGCGUGUUCCGCCGUGCUCGCGUCUCUUCUGUGACUGUGAGGGGGUGGGUCCGGUGAAAGCAGAGAGAGAGCGGUGGCACGUCCCAUUCCGUCCCGGCCAUAUUCAUUCCUCGUCAGGCCAUCACAUUCUUCUUGUCAUCCUCUCCCAGCCAUUGAUUGCAUGAGUCGCAGCUAUUUCUCCGUGUAAUCCAUGGAACCGUGUGUACAAUACGUACUACAUACUCCUACAUGUUGUUCUUUA